GCGGAGCGCGGCGCGAUGGCGGCGGCGGGGCUGGCGGCGGCCGUGGCGCUGGCGGCCGCGGUGGCGGCGGCGCUGGGCACGCUGCUGAUGGCGCCCGGCCUCUCGCGGCCCGACGGACCGGGCGCGCCCGCGCCCCGCGGCGGGGCGGCGGCCGAGCGGCGGCGGUCGGGGCGCAUGGACCAGGCGCUGCUGCUCAUCCGCAACGAGCUGCCCGCCCCGGGCCUGAACCUCGCCGCCCGCUCCGGCUCCUGCCACCAGUGCUUGUAUCAGUUCCUGGCGUUUGUCCCACCAAGCAACGAGAGCCUGAGCAAACCAGGCACGGCGUCGGUAAUGGUUGAUACCCAGCAUCCACUCACCCUGCUGCUCAACAGCUCUGUGGGUGACAGAGAUCUCUGCAAGAUUCAGUAUCACUUUGGAGAGUUUGGCAAUUACUCCCUUGUGGUAAAGACCCUAAGUACAAGCACCCAAACUGUUUCUUGUGACCUAAUCAUCAAUGAAGGCCCUAUCAACAGCUACCUCCCUAUUCUCUUUGCUUUCCUGGUUUACAUGGGGAUUCUUGCUAUCCUGAUUGCUGGGCGCCUUCUAAUGAAAAUUGAUCCAGUCAGAAACUGGGUUUACAAGAAACUGAAUCCCAGAGCAACUGAUCGUAUGAUUAACUCUGAGCUUGGAUCCCCGAACACCAUGGACUCCAUUAACUGUGAUCCUGCCCCGCAGUCCUGGAGCACAGGGUCUCGGCGGCGGCUGCGCUCCCUUGACACCUUCCGAGGGCUCUCUCUUGUAAUUAUGGUGUUUGUUAACUAUGGAGGAGGAAAAUACUGGUUCUUCAAACACGAGAGUUGGAAUGGAUUAACAGUGGCAGAUCUGGUGUUUCCAUGGUUUGUGUUCAUCAUGGGGACAUCAAUAGCAUUGGCACUGGGCUCCAUGCUCAGGUGGGGAAGUUCCAAGUGGAAAGUGCUUAGAAAAAUCCUCUGGAGGAGUUUUGUGCUAAUCCUGCUGGGAAUCAUAGUUGUGAAUCCCAAUUACUGCCUUGGACCUUUGUCCUGGGAUAAUCUGCGUAUUCCAGGGGUGCUCCAGAGGCUGGGAUUCACAUACCUGGUGGUUGCUGCUCUUGAACUCCUGUUUACAAGACCUGAUAGUGGAACAUGGGAGGGACAAUUCCCUGCUCUACAGGAUAUUCUCCCCUACUGGCCACAGUGGAUUUUCAUUCUAGUGUUAGAAACAAUUUGGCUCUGCCUGACCUUCUUGUUACCAGUGCCAGAUUGUCCCAGGGGCUAUCUCGGUCCUGGGGGCAUUGGGGACUUUGGAAAGUAUCCCAACUGCACGGGAGGAGCAGCUGGUUACAUUGACCGUUUGCUUCUUGGAGAAAAGCAUAUGUAUCAGCAUCCUUCUUCAGGCGUGACUUACCAAUCAACAAUGCCAUAUGAUCCUGAAGGGAUCCUGGGGACCAUAAAUAGCAUUGUUAUGGCAUUUUUGGGACUGCAGGCAGGAAAAAUUACUUUGUUCUACAAAGACCAGCCCAAACAAAUUAUGAGUCGGUUCAUGAUAUGGGGCAUAGUAAUGGGAAUUAUUUCUGCUAUCUUGACAAAAUGUUCUAAAGAAGAAGGGUUUAUUCCCAUAAACAAGAACUUAUGGUCAAUAUCAUAUGUGACAACCAUGAGCUGCUUUGCCUUCAUCCUCUUAUUGCUGAUAUAUUACCUUGUGGAUGUCAAGAAAUGGUGGUCAGGUGCUCCAUUUUUAUACCCAGGAAUGAACUCAAUCCUGGUCUACAUUGGACACCAAGUGUUUGCAAACUACUUCCCUUUUAAGUGGAAGAUGCAAGACAGUCAAUCCCAUGCAGAGCAUCUGACUCAAAACCUCACUGCAACAACUCUCUGGGUCAUAAUAUCAUAUAUACUUUACAGGAGAAGGAUAUUCUGGAAAAUCUGAGAGGUGGUCAAGGUCUAGCAGGCCUAGAUUGUGAUCAGGCAAGUGGAUUAGCUUGAAAUUUGGUGGAUUAGCCUGAAGUACUGCCACUCAGGCUGUAUUACUAAAAAGGGAUACAAGUUUACAGUGCCAUGGAAGCCAUAAAGACUUUUAUGUGACUUAAGGGACAGUAUUUUCCUAUUUAGCAAAAACUUACUAGUCUAUUACAGCUGCUCUCUGUUUUCUGUCUUUUGUAAAUAUUUUACUGAUUUCCCUCCUUCAUAUAGAAAAGCUGAACAUACCCUAACAGUUAGGCAGUCUAAGGCACCCUGGUGGGGUUCAUGGAGCACCUCUGUGUCAAAGCCUGGUGGUGCUUUCAGCUGAUCAUGAUUCACUGUAUUCUUCCCAUUUCUUCGACUAAAUUCUUAGGUUUAGGAUCCUGCUGAAGCCUAAAAUCUCUUCUUCCGGCUUAUUAAUCAGCAGGUUGCUCUUACAGGUUUAGCAGCCCAUCUGUGCAUGUUCUGGGCCUUUGUUUAACACACUUCUUGCAUGGAUGUUUCAUGUGCUCUAGGAGUUUCUUGCACUCUAGGAGUGCAGAAGGGCCCUCUCCUACUGAAUUUGUAUCAUCACUUGGAUAUUACCAAAUUUCAAUCAAAACAAUCCACUUUCUACAUGAAUCUAUUAAGGACCCUGAAUCUGAAAACCAGCAUUACAGGUAGAAUUCUGCUGAGAAGGAAGACCUAACAAACUAGUUCAAUGGAAGAGAAGAGUUUUUGGAAAUUCAGGAAAUUCACUCACGCUGUGAUUGCCAAACUAGUGCUAAUAAAAAACCUGAAGUAC